GCAGCACAGGGAAAUGUUUGCACGUAAGUCAUCAUCAGUAUUUAGUCAUCAUCAGUAUUUAGCAUCACGCCUCAGAGGGUGUGAUAUAUGAUUCUUGUUACUGUGCGCAUGUAUCUUUACUUAAGUGUUUGAGAGUAAUGGAGCUGCAGCAGCAUUUUUCUCUGUGUAUAAAUGAAUAUGAAGAGGGAGCCACAGAAAACAGGGAGACAUGGAAAAAUGAUGCUGUUAAAACAGAAGACAUUUAUCAAUCUCUUCAGUGCCCACUUGCAAACCAGGGAACUAUUAAAAGCACAACACUGUUCUCAGAGUUUUCUGAAAGGAAGUUUGUGUUUUUACUGUUUGCUGUGAACUUACUUAUCUCAACCAUCAUCCUUACUAUCGUGGGCCUGAAUUACUCUCACAACAAAGAAACACUACCAAUAAAAGGACAAAAAGAAGUGUGGCUUCUCUAUGACAAUGUGUUUUAUUUGUUCUGGAGUGACAACAGUGACUGCUACGCUGCUGAGAGCUUCUGCUCAAAGAGGAAUGCCAGCCUUGCCAUGUUAUCUGUGUAUAAUAAGGUCUGGUUGAUGUCUAGAACCAAUGGAAAACAAUUUCUGGUGUCAAAAGCCUCAUUAGACGGAUCUGGAGACAGUGCUUCUUCAUUUGGGGAUGAUGCUGAUGAUCAUGAGUGUGGCAUCAUGACCUCUGAUGUUGAUACGGAUAAUGGAGAAGGAUUUGUGUGUGAGAGAGUAACUCAGUUCUUCACUAAAGAUGCCUGAGAUCAGAAACAUUUGUGCUUUUCUGCUUGAGUAAAUUAAAAAACAGAAAAAUACUGAAUUCUGAGAGCGGAUAGUUUCAUUUUAGAGUAGUGAGGGAACCCAGGUAAUUUGCAGACUUCAAACUUUCGCAUCAUCAUAUUCAUCCGUACUUCUACCCCAACCCCUUUUCUGAUGAUUGUUUUCUUCGCAAGCAGCACUUGUCCUCUUAACUCCAUGAAUUUUUAAACUGAGCAAAUAUGCUUGUGUACUUGAUCUAUCUUGUUUUUAAAAUAAUAAAUUAUUUAUAUAUCAUGAAUUGUUACUGGCAAAUAACUUUUCAUAUUAUUUCUUGCUGAGUUUUGCUAUCAUUUAAUUUGUGCAAGGCAAAACUCUAAAGAAUAGGCUCACUCUAUUGUCUUCAGAAGUUAGAGAUGAGAAGUUGUCUCCUUUCAAGGCUUUCCAAUUACUGUUAUUUGUUUUUUUUUUUUUUUUGGCAAAUGAAAUUAUGGAAUAAAGUACAGUAAAAACAAU